ACCUGUAGACUGUCCGUUCUUGUGCAUUUCAGAUAUGAUAUCGCCCUUCUGCGCCUGUCCUCCAGCGCCUCUCUGAACUCUUAUGUACAGCUGGCCGCCCUGCCACCUUCUGGACAGGUUCUGCCCCACAACAACCCUUGUUACAUCACUGGCUGGGGACGCACACAGACUGGUGGGUCACUCUCGGCUCAGCUGAAACAGGCCUAUCUGCCUGUGGUGGACUACAGUACCUGCUCUCGUAGCGACUGGUGGGGAAGCACCGUGAAGAACACCAUGGUUUGCGGUGGCGGCGGAAACGACUCUGGAUGCCAGGGUGACUCUGGUGGCCCUCUGAACUGUCAGGUCAGUGGUCAGUAUGUCGUCCAUGGUGUAACCAGCUUUGUGUCUUCAUCGGGUUGUAACGCCUACAAGAAGCCAACAGUCUUCACCCGUGUGUCUGCCUACUCCAGCUGGAUUAGUGGCAUCAUUGGAUAAGCAGGAAAACCUGAGAGGCUAAAGAGAUAAACAUCCUCAAUUUAG